GGUGGCUGUGGGGCAGGCGGGAGGGUGAUGGGUGGUUAGGGUGCCUCAGGCAAGGCAGGUGCCUGGUCGCCCAUGGGCAGCCGCAGGUCUGUAACCCACGGUGCCAGGUUGGUGACUGCUGCGAGACGGUGACAGUGACGGCAGCUGUGACUGACGGCAGUGAUGGGCAUGGGGACAGAGCCAGUGGAGGCGCAGUGUGACUCAUUGGAUGGAAGGGUCUACCUGGACUACAACGCCACCACCCCUCUGGCCCCCGAGGUGGCCCAGGACGUUUGGGAUGCCAUGUGCCAGGCCUGGGGCAACCCCAGCAGCUCCCAUCCCGCAGGCAGGAAGGCAAAGGAGCUCAUCAGCAGCGCACGAGAGAGCCUGGCAAGGAUGCUAGGAGGCCGCCCUGAGGAUAUCAUCUUCACCUCAGGGGGCACGGAGGCAAACAACAUGGUGAUUCACACUGCCUGCAGGCACUUUCAAGAGAGCCAGCAUAGGAGGGGGGACAGCCAGGGCACACCACACAUUGUGACAUCGAGUGUGGAGCACGACUCCAUCCGCCUGCCGCUGGAGCAGCUGGGGAGGGAGGGCCUGGCAGAAGCCACCUUUGUGUCUGUGUCUCCACGGAGCGGGCAGGCAGAGGUGGACGAUGUCCUGGCUGCCAUCCAGCCAAACACCUGCUUGGUCUCCCUCAUGUUGGCCAAUAACGAGACCGGAGUCAUCAUGCCUGUCGUGGAGCUGAGCCAGCGCGUCCGUGCCCUCAAUCAGCGCAGAGCAGCAGAGGGUCUGCCCAGGAUCCUGGUGCACACAGAUGCAGCACAGAUGAUUGGCAAGGGGCGUGUGGACGUGCAGGAGCUGGGCGUGGACUACCUGACCAUCGUGGGACACAAGUUCCAUGGCCCACGGAUCGGAGCACUGUACACCCGCAGCCCUGGCACCACCAACCCGCUGCACCCCAUGCUCUUCGGAGGGGGACAGGAGAGGAGUUUCCGGCCAGGCACCGAGAACACCCCGAUGAUUGCCGGCCUUGGCCAGGCUGCAGAGUUAGUGAGCAAGAACUUGGAGGCCUAUGAGGCUCAUAUGAGAGAUGUCCGGGAUUAUCUGGAGGCCACUCUGGAGGCCUCCUUUGGGAAGCAGAGGAUUCACUUCAACAGUCACUUUAAGGGCUCCAAGCGACUCUGCAACACCUGUAACUUCUCCAUCCUGGGCUCAGGCCUUCAAGGACGAAGGGUGCUGGCUCACUGCAAGGUGCUCCUGGCUAGCGUCGGGGCUGCCUGCCACUCUGAGAAGGGGGAUCGGCCCUCCCCAGUGCUGCUGAGCUGUGGGAUUCCCCCAGAGGUGGCACAGAACGCGCUGCGGCUGAGCGUGGGGCGUGGCACCACACGGGAAGAUGUGGACAGGGCUGUGCAGGACCUCGUGCAGGCUGUGGAGCAGCUGGAGCAGGAUCAGGCCCCAUAGACUGAUGGACACCACUCAGGUUCUUGGGGUGGGCCCCUGGGGGGCAGAGCUCCUGUUGCCAGCUCCACCUGCUCCUCAAGGAGACAGCUGUGACUAUGCCAGCACCUGAGGGAACCCUGCGUGGCCCAGGGAGUUUCUGGCCUCACCAACACUGGAAGACAUAAGUGUCACACGGAUCAGGAGCUUUGUCAGCUGGGCUGGCUGAUAUCAGGGAACUUGGUCUCCCUAGGUAUUCAUAGGAAUAAAAGUAAAUGCUUUUUCUUUUCACAAGUAAAA